UAGCCCCGCCCACCAGUCUUCUCACGGCAAUCCCAGCGUUCUGCGCGCAGUAGAGAUGGCCGCCUGCAUUACCAGGGCGCUUGCCCCUGUUCAGCGAGUAUUAGGACACAAUUUAACGGGAAAAACACAGUGUCUGGAGUCCCUGCUGGACCCUGCCAGGCGAUGCCCCCCUCCGACGCUGGUCCAGACGAGGACGAAGAAGCGCCAUUUCAUCCCCCCCUCCGUGGGAGCCAAACACAAGACGUUCUCAGAGCAGGAGUCUAAGGCGAAGGCAGCGGGGGUGGUGGUGCGACAGCAGUACAUGGAGCGGGUCAUCAACAUCACCUGCACAGCUGGGAUAUUCGACCCCUACAUCCCUCCAGAGGGAGAUGCCCGCUUGUCUACGCUGUCCAAAGAGGGCUUGAGACAGAGAACGGAGCAGCUGAAACAGAGUGCUGGGUCACAGCUGGCCGUCCGUAAAAUCAAGGAUCACGAUCCAGACUUCAACACAAAGGGCUUCCCGGCGCGGGCGCAGGAGAUUUUUAUUGAAGCACACGCCAACCUCACCAGUUUCAACAAAGAGAAUCUUCACAACCUGGUAACAGAGAGGUGUUAUCCAGAGAUGGUGCGCGGGAACCGCUACAAGACCCUGCGCUGGAGCUUCCUGGAGUCCCUGGAGCCUCCGCGGGUCGUCCACGUGCGCUGUCCCGACAUGGUCAGCAAGGGCAACCUGUACGGACAGGUCACCGUCCGCAUGCACUCCAAACAGACGCUGGCGAUCUACGACCGGUUCAGGAGGCUGAUGUACGGCAGCGAGGCCGUGCCGCGGGACGUGCUGGAGUACGUGGUGUUCGAGCGCCACCUGGUCAGCCCCUACAGCCGCUGGAGGAUGCACGGCAAGAUCGUACCCGCCUGGGCACCCCCCAAGGACCCCAUCAUCAAGACCAUCAUGAUUCCUGGUCCUCAGCUCAAACCAUGGGAGGAGUUUGAAGAGUCGAAUUACGAAGUUCCCAAACCCAAGGCAGUCCAGUGGCACAAAUAAGAAUCUACUCUACCCCACCCCACCCUGUCUGUGUACAGCUAUCACAUUUAUUAAGCAUGAGGGUUCAAAUGUUGAAUAAAGCCAGCCAUCCACCAAAGACCUUUUUAAGCUUCAUAAUGCAGCAGAAUCGGUCACCUCCGAUCCUGUAAGAUACGAUACCCUUUAUUACCCGAUGGACCUCUGGCAGGUGUCACUCACACCUUCUGCUACCAACUCAAUGCUACCGAUGCAAACUGAUCAACGCACAUUUUAUUAUGGGGUCUGAAACAGUAAAUUCAGCUCUCGGCAAUCAUUUUCACAGAUUUUCUUUGCGUAGUAAUCAAGCAAUUGCAAUGCAGUAUAACGACUCCCUCCGAGAUCUGAUAUUUGUACUUCUCUGAUGGACCCCUGGAGCCAGUUCAGUCAGAUGUGACUGGUUCAACUUUAGUAGUUUUGAUCGCAAUAGCUGUAGAUUUGGUGAGAAAUUUUGCUUUGUAAAAUAAAAGGGGUUGUGUA